CACGACUGCCGUUUUCACUCUGGAAAAAACAGAGAGCGAGAGAGAGAGAGAGAGAUGAGCUCGUGUUCAACUCGUGCUCCUUGGUUUACUCUGAGGAGCUCUCCAUCCAAAGCCAUGGAGUUAAGGAACAGGAAAACGCGGUUCGUGACGGUGGGAAUAAGCAACAGAAGCAAGAAUCGGAAGCCGUUGCAGAAGGGGAGGAGCCUCAGCAUCGAAGCAAUACAAACGGUUCAGGCGUUGAAGCGAGCCCAGAAAGACCAACCUUCAUUGGACCAACUGUUCCACUCCAAUUUCAAGCGCCUCCUCAAGCUCGAUAUGAUUGCCGUCCUUCGCGAACUCCUCCGCCAGAACCAGUGCUUCUUGGCCCUCAAGGUUUUUGAAGAUAUUCGGAAGGAAUACUGGUAUAGGCCUCAAGUCUCACUCUAUGCUGAUAUGAUCAAAGUAUUGGGUGGCAAUGGAUUGUUUGAGCAUGUUGAACUACUUCACAGCUAUUUGAAAACAGAAGCUGGCAGUUUAGGGCCCGAAAUCGAGGGCUUUAAUGCUGUCUUGAGAGCUUUGGUGAGUUUUAACCAUACUAAACUUGCAAUGGAAUGUUACUACCUGAUGAAACAAGUUGAAUGUGAGCCAGACAAGUCAUCCUUUAAGAUACUUAUAACUGCCUUGGAAUCAAAUGGAGAAACAGGGGAUUCAGCUAUCAUAAGGCAGGAUGCUCAAAUGUAUUAUGGUGAAGAUCUAGAGUUUCUUGAGGAGGAAGAGAUGAUGGUGAGCAAAUGAUUGAACUAAUUACUCAGUUUACAUGCUUAACAAUUAUAUGAUAGAAUGAGUGGCUGUUAUCUUACCUCCAUUGAAACAAAACAAAUUGGAUGUUUUUAUAUAUAUAGAUAGAUUUUAGUACCCAUUUUGCUGAUGUUUCUAGCAAUUUUACAUGUUUGAUUUAUGGGUACCCCUGUACAGCAUCAUGUAGUCUUUCAGGUUUCAUGACAAAUGAGAGAGAUGAGAAUUUCCUUA